UCAGCUCUUUCCUCCUAACACAGACACACACUUCCCCUCAGCUCCACAUUCAGCUCAAUGGGCGCACAAACAUGGACGCAUUGAUCCUGCUGUUACUCUCCGUCUCUUUCAGCUGUGUGUACACGUCUCCUGCCUCCACCCUCUCUGAUUCCUCAACGUAUAAACCUGUGGGACGUUCCAUCACCCCUCCACCCAUCAGUGUCUUCGCUGAACACUCAGCUCACACACAGACAUCCAACACAGGCAGCACACCUGACUCCACCCCAGGACUCCACCCAUCAUCCCUCAGCCCUGAUCCUCUGUCAAACCUAAGUCCUGAUCCUCCAACACCCCUCAGCCCUGAUCCUCCACCAGAGUCAGGUCCCAUCAACAGUCAUGAUAACUCCACCACCUUGACUGUAACCACAACCAACCAACAGAGGAGCCUGGUCAGGAUGGAGGAAGAGACGACUGAGACCUCCUCCUCCACCCUCUCUUCUUCCACGUCCCUGCCUUCCUCCUCCUCCUUCUCAACCGCAGAGUCCUCCCUCUCCUCCUCCAACUCCUCCGUCCUCUCUAUCUCCCUUCCUUCCUCCUCCACCCCCUCUCUCUUGUCCUCCAUUCCCUCCUCCUCCUCUUCCCUUCCUUCCUCCUCGUCUUCCUCCACCACCUCCUCCCUUCCUUCCUCCUCGUCUUCCUCCUCCACCUCCUCCCUUCCUUCCUCCUCGUCUUCCUCCACCAUGUCCUCCCUUCCUUCCUCCUCGUCUUCCUCCUCCACCUCCUAUUCUUCCUCCUCCUUCUCCUCCAACUCCUCCCUUCCUUCCUCCUCAUCUUCCUCCUCCCUUCCUUCCUCCUCGUCUUCCUCCUCCACCCUCUCUUCUUCCACGUCCCUGCCUUCCUCCUCCUCCUCCUUCUCAACCGCAGAGUCCUCCCUCUCCUCCUCCAACUCCUCCGUCCUCUCUAUCUCCCUUCCUUCCUCCUCCACCCCCUCUCUCUUGUCCUCCAUUCCCUCCUCCUCCUCUUCCCUCCCUUCCUCCUCGUCUUCCUCCACCACCUCCUCCCUUCCUUCCUCCUCAUCGUCCUCCUCCCUUCCUUCCUCCUCGUCUUCCUCCUCCACCUCCUAUUCUUCCUCCUCCUUCUCCUCCAACUCCUCCCUUCCUUCCUCCUCAUCUUCCUCCUCCCUUCCUUCUUCCUCCUCCUCCUCCUCCUUCUCCUCAGUGACUCAUCCUCUCUCUGCUGGUUUUUCUGUUUCGGACUCAAACACAGAUUUUAAACAUUUAGUAAACUUUUCGUCACCUGCCUCCAUCACAGCUACGCCUGCAGGUUUGACAUCUAUAUCAGACAUGGAGAUGGAUCCUGCAUCGACCCCUCCUGCUUCACCUUUAACAACCAAAACACCCCCCUCCAUCUCCUCCACCCUGUUUACAGUCUCCACAGCUCAGCCAGAAAACUUCACCAACACUACCAUCAGUAAGGCUCCCCCCACUUCUCCAUCAGUCAGGGUGACGUCUACAGAAGGAACCAGCACCUCCCCGCUAACGGCACCACCCACGAGUCACACAGACACUCCUACAACCACAACCACACCCUCUACACCCAUCCCAUCCACAACUACACCCUCUACACCCAUCCCAUCCACAACUACACCCUCUACACCCAUCCCAUCCACAACCAGACCCUCUAUACCCAUCCCAUCCACAACCAGACCCUCUAUACCCAUCCCCUCCACAACCACACCCACAACACCCAUCCCAUCCACAACCACACCCUCAACACCCAUCCCCUCCACAACCACACCCUCAACACCCAUCCCCUCCACAACCACACCCUCAACACCCAUCCCCUCCACAACCACACCCUCAACACCCAUCCCCUCCACAACCACACACUCUACACCCAUUCCAUCUACAGCUACACCAUCCAGUCCACCUCCACCCACUAAAACUUUAGCCAAAACAACCACAGGCAUGGUAACCACCCCCACUCCAAACACAGCCAUAACUACAGCCAUCUUAACGACAACACCACCCACCACCACCAGAACCACACCACCUGCAGCUACAACAUCCACCAGAACAACCUCAGCUCCUCCUCCUGUCACCACAGCUACACCCGCAACCUCAACCAAACCGGUGCGCCCCACUGAGGCGUCUCGUUGCUCCGUUAACGUCACAGAGAUCAGAUCGAGCUCAGAAUCAGCUAUGGUGAAGUUCAGCACCGCCGCUCUCUCCUGUGACUUCACCGUGGUCACUGAAGAGUUCAACACUGACCCCUCCCACUGUGACCACGGCCACUGUAACCACGCCGACUGUGAACCCGGCGGGGAGUCCAGAACCGACUUCACCUGUCUGAUCGCCGGUUUAACACCUGGGGCCGUUUACAGGAUUACCUUGAUCUCCAGGAAGGACGGAGAGAGGAGCGACGUGUCAGCAUCCACAGCUCCUUCGCCUGUCCUCGGCCUGCAGGUGGCGUCCUCAUCCUCUCACAGCCUGGGUGUUUCCUGGCGGGGGGGUCCAGGCCGAGCGGAGCAGUUCAGGGUUCUGCUGACGGAUCAGGAUGGGAUUCUGCAGAAAAACUUCACCGUCCCAAACACAUCGACCUCAGCUCAGCUGGACCGCCUGCAGCCCGGGACCCCUUACAAUGUCACCGUGGUAACUGAGGCUGUGGGCCUUCAGAGCUCCGCCUCCACACAGGCCAUCACAGUCCCUGCAGUGGUGUCACACCUGAUCCUGGACCACAACGGCAGCUCAGACAGUCUGCACGCUUCCUGGGUCUCACCUGAGGGGAGGGUGGAGCUCUACCUGCUGACCCUGUGGGGUCAUGGAUCUCCCCCCCAGGAGAGCCGCCUGCCUCCAAACGUCACCCAGCAGAAGUUUGAGGGCCUGAUGCCUGGUCGCAGGUACGAGUUGAGAGUGAUGACAUCAUCAGGAGGAGUGAGCUCAGAGAGCAGUACCAGCAGCAGGACAGUCCCUCAGCGGGUGUCGGCUCUCUCGAUAACUCCACUCAGUGAGGGCCGGGCUUUGAUGGUCAGCUGGUCGCCCCCCAGUGGAGACUGGGAGAAUUACAGCGUGCUGCUAAAGAACGGCUCUGAGAUUCUGCUGAACCAGACCGUCAGUAAACGCAGCACUCAGGUGAAGUUCUCCGGCCUCGGUCUGCUGCCAGGUCGACUGUACCAGGCUGAGGUCACAACGCACAGCGGCAUUCUGGGUAACAUGGCUUCCUGCUAUGGACGACUGGCCCCCGGUGCCGUGCAGCGGCUGAGGGUCCGUCACGCUGAUGAGACCACUCUGAGCGUGCUCUGGGAUCAACCCCGGGGUGAGUGGGACAACUUCACCGUUGUCCUCCGGCAGGCUGACCCCCCUGCCCUGCCAUCUCAGAGGGUCCUCUCCUGGGGGGCUAGAGACUGCACCUUCAACCUCCUCACACCGGGGCGCUUGUACACCGUCACCGUGACAACCAACAGCGGCAACCUGAGGAGCUCCGCCUCCGUGACAGCACACACAGCUCCGGCUCAGGUGGUUGGGCUGCAGGUGACUAAUGGCGGCAGCACAGACCGCCUGCAGGCGCUUUGGGAGCAAGCAUCGGGACACGUGGACUCGUACGGCGUCCUGCUGGUCCAUGACAGCAGUGUCAUAAAGAACCAAAGUCUUAACCCUGACACCACAAGCAUCUGCUUCAACGGCCUGAGACCAGGAGCGCUCUACAGGGUGGUGCUGACCACCAACAGGAGAGGCCACGCCUCCAGACAGAGCGUCAUGGAGGGACGCACAGUCCCUGCUGCUGUCGGCGAGGUGACGGUCAGUAACAACGGGCGGACCGACUUCCUGAGUGUGUCGUGGCGUCCCUCUGCUGGUGAGGUGGACGGGUACCUGGUUACGCUAAGCGACAGCGAGAAAACGCUGCACACCGUGUCCGUCUCUAAAUCCAGUCCUGAGUGUGUGUUCAACUCUCUGACACCUGGAUGCCUCUACAACAUCUCCAUCAGCGCCCGCAGUGGCUCUGCCCACAACCACACCUACGUCCAGGAGAGGACACAGCCGGCUCAGGUGCAGAGCCCCACAGCGACACAUUCAGCGCGGGACGAUUACCUGAAGGUGUACUGGCGUGCAGCUGCAGGUGAUUUGGACCUGUAUCAGGUGUUCAUCAAACACAACAACGUGUUCCUGCAGAACAAAACCGUUCUGAAGACGCAGAACGAGUGUGUGUUCAGCCACCUUGUGCCCGGCAGACUCUACACCGUGCAGGUCACCACCCGCAGCGGGAAAUACGAAAGCAGCGCCUCCACCCACGGCAGGACCUUACCAGCGGCGGUCCAGUCCCUGGUCCUGGCAGGUCAGGGGACAGAGGACCUGCAGGUCAAGUGGGUGACGGCUCCGGGUGACGUGGAUCACUACGAGGUGCAGCUGCUCUUCAACGACAUGAAGGUCUUUCCUCCAGUCACGCUGGGCAGCGGCGUGGACCAGUGCGUCCUUUCCUCGCUCACUCCUGGACGGCUCUACAAGAUCCUGGUCUCCACCUUCAGCGGCCCCAACCAGAGGGCCCGCUUCAUCGAGGGGCGCACAGUUCCCAGUAAAGUGAAGAACAUCCACGUCAGUAACGGUGGCGACAGCAGCAGUCUGCAGGUGAGCUGGACACCUGGUCAGGGGGACGUGGACGGUUUCUCUGUCUUCCUGUUUAGACAGAGCCGACAGCUGGACGUCCGACUCGUCCUGAAACAGCAGAGCGAGGUGACGUUCGCCUCUCUGCAGCCCGGACAGGUGUACCAUGUGACGGUAAAAUCGAUGAGCGGAGAGCUGCAGAACAACAACACCGCCUCUGGACGCACAGUGCCCUCAGCAGUGACCGGGCUGCAGGUGGACGACCUCCUCUCCACCUGUAGUCUACAGGUGAGCUGGCAGGAGGCGCUCGGGGUGUCGGACGGUUACGUCCUGCAGCUUCAGGACGACAGAGGGAGUCUGAUCAUAAACUCCUCGCAGCCCGCCGGACACACCAGCUUCAGGUUCGACCGUCUCACACCGGGGAAGAAGUACAGAGUCUUGGUCCAGACCAUCAGCGGUGGGGUCCAUAGCCGGGGGGUCAGCGUCGAUGCUCAGACACGUCCUGCAGCCGUCUCUGAUCUGACGGUUAAAUCCAACACCACCUCCAGUCUGUGCUUCACCUGGUCUCCACCUGAUGGAGAGUUCCAGCUCUACGAGGUCUUCUUGUAUAAAAGUGAUGACUUGCUGCUGGACACUCAACGCACCAAGUCCGGCAGUGAGCAGGUCUCCUUCCAGGGCCUCACACCUGGAGCGCCCUACAGACUGCUGGUUGUGACACAUAGCGGGGUAUACAGCAACCAGACCUCGAUGUGGGCCAGGACAGUCCCAGCAGCUGUGACGUCUCUCCGAGCUCACAGUGGGAACCAGUCUGACGCUCUCUGGGUGAAUUGGGAUCGUGCUGGCGGGGUUCUGAGCGGCUACCUGCUGACUCUUUACAAAGCCGACGGCUCCCAGCAUGCCGUGCAGCAGCUGGGGUCAGAGGUCACGGAGUCUUUCUUCUCGGAUCUGGUCCCGGGUCGUCUGUACCGAGUGGAGGUGCUGAGUCUGAGUGGAGGGCUGAGUAACAGAGCCAGCACAAUGGGCAGGACCGCUCCCAAACCUCCCUCCUCCUUCCUGUUCAGGGGGGUCACCAACACCUCCCUGGAGAUCACCUGGAGCAGCCCCAUCGAUUCUGACUACGACGACUUCGACCUUCAGUGGACUCCUCAGGACCAGCUGUCCGUCAUCAACCCAUACCACAGCCGUACAUCCGGCAGCCGCAUCCUCAAAGGGAUGUUUCCAGGACGACAGUACACCUUCAGCCUCCGCACUAUCAGCGGGGCUACAGAGCCGGAGGCCACGCCCACAUUCAGCACACCCAUCCACAAGAGCAUCCGAACGAAGCCAGAGCGAGUCCACAGUCUCCACUGUCGCCCUCAGAGCUCCACCUCCAUCUCCUGCUCCUGGGGCCGCCCAGAGGCAGACUACGACUCCUACACCAUUGAGUGUCUCCACCAGGACACCCAGGUACUGGUCUACUCGAGACGCACCGGCCGAGACUCCACCGGAUACCUUAUUUCCCAUCUAGAGCCCCACAAACGCUACACCAUCUCUGUCAAGGUCAUAUCUGAUGGAACGACCAGUGAUGAGGCCAAAGACAGCGUUGUCACCAUGAUCGACCGUCCUCCAGUGCCACCCCUCAUCAUCCGGAUCAGUGACAGAUCUGCCAUGGUCACCAAGUCCUCCAUUGUCUUUACAUUUAACUGCAGCUGGUUCAGUGACGUGAACGGAGCUGUCAAGUUCUUCACUGUGGUGGUGACAGAAUCUGAAGGUGUGGAUGACGAGCAGCCUCAGCAGCACCACCCCCUGCCCUCCUACCUGGACUAUAAAUCCAACAGCUCCAUUAAGUCCUACCAGACGGGUUUCUUCCCGAGUCGCUGCACCGAGGGCCCAGACAGCUUGUCCUCUGGUUUUCAGAUGAGUUUGGGAACUGGGAUGGACAUACUGGGAGGCUCCUGUGACCACAGAGACCCAGACCUGGAGAACAGCGGGGAUCUGAGCCUGUUCUGUGAUGGACCACUGAAAGCUAAAACAGCUUACAGGCUCAGUGUUCGAGCCUUCACUCAGCUGUUUGAUGAAGAGAAACACGAGUUGACCGUCAGUUCUCCUCUGUUCACCGACACGUUCCUGUCGCUGCCCGUCACCACCGAGGCAGAGCCUCUGAGCGGUGUGAUCGAGGGCGUCAGUGCCGGCAUGUUCCUCAUCGCCAUGAUGGUCGGCGUCACCGCGCUGCUCGUCUGCAGGCAGAAGGCUCGUAAAGUGGUGGAAGAGCGAGCGACAGUGAGAAUGAGUGUGAGGAGAGAGAGGACGACACCUGGAGCUCACACAGGGGUCAGAGGAAACCGUCGGAUCUCCAGUCCCAUAAAGAUCCAGAACUUUGAGAGUCACCUCAACAAGCUGCAGGCCGACUCUCACUACCUGCUGUCCCAGGAGUACGAGGACCUAAAGGAUGUGGGUCGUAACCAGUCGUUGGAUUCAGCUCUGCUGCCGGAGAAUCGAGGGAAGAACAGAUACAACAACAUCCUGCCAUACGACUCAACGAGAGUGAAGCUCUCCUACGUGGACGACGACCCGUGUUCAGACUACAUCAACGCCAGCUACAUCCCUGGGAACACGUCUCGUAGGGAGUACGUAGCGACUCAGGGUCCUCUGCCGGGGACUAAAGAUGAUUUCUGGAAGAUGGUGUGGGAGCAGAACGUGCACAACGUGGUGAUGGUGACUCAGUGUGUAGAGAAAGGCAGGGUGAAGUGUGAUCACUACUGGCCCUUGGACCAGGACCCCCUGUACUACGGAGACCUGAUUGUCAGGAUGGUUUCAGAGUCUGUUCUUCCUGAGUGGACCAUACGAGAGUUCAACAUCUGCAGCGAGGAACAGCUGAGUGUCACUCGUCUCGUCCGUCAGUUUCACUACACGGUCUGGCCGGAUCACGGAGUCCCAGAGACCACUCAUUCCCUGAUCCAGUUUGUCCGGACUGUGAGGGACUACGUCAACAGAAGUCCCGGAUCUGGACCCACUGUGGUCCACUGCAGUGCUGGUGUGGGUCGUACUGGGACCUUAAUAGUUCUGGAUCGGGUCCUGCAGCAGAUGGACUCUAAGGACACGGUAGACAUCUACGGCUCCGUGUUUGACCUGAGAAUCCACCGCUCACACAUGGUGCAGACAGAGGGUCAGUAUUCGUACCUCCAUCAGUGUGUGCGAGAUGUUUUCAGAGCAAGGAAGCUGCGCAGUGAGCAGGAGCUCUUCCUUUGUCCCAUCUACGAAAAUGUGAACUUAAACUCUCAGAACUACAACUCCCAGAACUACAACUCCCAGAGAGAGAUGCUGUGCAGCCGGCGGUAAAGAUUGUAUUGACUGCAGGAAACGUUGAGUUUUAUUUUUAUACUAAUGUUUAUAUUUCAAAUCUCACAUAUUCUAUAAAGAGACAAACUUUAGAAUUAUUUAUACAACUGACAGGACUGUACAUAAAAUAUAUAUCUCUCUGUGUUUGGAUUUCACGUCAUGUAACAGACGCUUCUAAUUUAUGUUUUUAGGUGUUUGAGUAUAAAUCUAUUUUAGAAAAUUAUUUGUCAGUUUUUUUGUAGCUGUUAGUCAGGAGAGAAGAAAGACCCGAUAUUACGAGUUGUAAAGUAAAGAGACUUAAACAUGUAAACCCAGGGUAAAAACACUGGAAGUUCCCUUUGUGGGCUCAGAUAUUCUCGCUUUUGAACCGGUUGCGUCCUGAACGUAAAUGUUCACAUACUUGUCGAUGUACAAUGCGUGUUACUGGAGGAUUCCUCUAGAGGGAGCGCCACAUAAAUCAGACGCCGUAAAACACUGAAGUAGAGACGAUCUGUUGGCAGAUGUUUUAGCACACAUUGUUUGUUUGUUGCUAAGCAACAGCAACGACACAUUGAUGUGUAUUAAUAUUUAUUAUUUUAUACGGUGGCUGGGAAGGCCAAAACACUUUUACAAAGCUUGAGACUAAUUUACAUUUUGGCAAACACAUUUACAAGAUGCAGAACACUUUUAACUGUCCCGGAACAUCUAGUCGUUUUGUUUUCUAAAAUGUAAAUUGUCUCAAACUUUGCAGAAGUGUUUCAAACUUAAUUUAGUUUUGCCCUUCCCAGCUACCGUAACUUUAAGUUUGAAUUGUGUAAACAUGAGCUGAUGUUUGUGUGUGUGUGUGUGUGUGUGUGUGUGUUAGUGUGUGUGAGUGUUUGUGUGUGUGUGAGUGUGUGUGUGAGUGUGUGAGUGUGUGUGUGUGUGUGUGUGUGUGUGUGUGUGUGUAGGUGUGUGUGUGUGUGUGUGUGAGAGGGAGAGAGACAUGAGAUGUAGAAAUGUCUGAUUAUUCAUCCAUACUGCAGGCUGACCUGCUCCAACAUGACUGUAAACUCACUGUACAGGAAUGUCUCCUGACUUAAUAAUCAAUAAUCUGUGUUCUCUUUCAAUAAUCAACCUUCAGGUUUAUUUGUCUGUUCUCUGUCUUCAUGUUCGGCUCUGUGUUUGGACUCGUGAUGACGCAUAUUUGUGGGUGUUUGAAUAAAACAGUUAAUUAUGUAUUUUCA